CCCACCGCUGUGGCCUGGGUUCUAUUCCCAGACCUGGUGUCACAUGUGGGUUGAGUGUGGUGUUGGUUCUCGUCCUUUGCUCAAAGGGUUUUUUGUCCGAGUUCUUAAGUUUUCCUUCCGUUGCAAUUUGAAAAAAAUUUAUUAAAUAUAAACAUCUUUUGUUUUCUCAUCGAAAAAGUGUCUCUCUUUGACGAGAAAACAAAAGGUAUUUAUAUUUCAUGUAUGUUUUCAAAUUAUAUUUAUAUAAAUAUGAAGUAAGAGUAAUGAAUCGUAUGAGACAAAUAUUGACAAUUCAUAUCUUAAAAUGUUUGCCUUGCCUUAAAAAACUAUAGACUAUGAAAGGUAGUAUUCAAAACGUUAAUGCUUUUUCAUACUACUGAACACAUUUCGCCAAACAUGCGACUCUCUUUGCGUAUUUAGUCACAAAAAUUGUCGCAGCUUGGAGAGCUGGUGUGCGAUACAGAAAGCAUCGUUCAUGCCAACCGAAAAACGACAAGAGAACUUCUGCGGAGUCUUUCAGUUUUGAUGAUUAUAUCGCUUCUUUGUUGAAGCAUUUCACUCUUCAAUCUUGGCUAGCUGGUUACAUCUUGACAGUCCCAGCUGUAAAACUUAUCGUAUAUUCAACCGUGGUCUCUUUCCUUGGUCUCUCAGUAUUUAGAUCUGAGAACGGCAAGCGUAUGCUACUGAUUGAUGGGAGAUGUUAUAAUGAGUAGCGGGCGUCCUGUGCUCUGUGUCGACGAGUUAAUUGAAAGAACGAUUUGCUAGAUAAGAUCUUGAUCGCGCUGUGUUGUUUUUUAUAUUUAAAUAUGUCAUGUGAAAAAUUGCUGCGGUUCUUUCCUUUAAUCUCCGAAUAUGAAGAACUUCGCUUAAGUUACAUCGCUAACUGUGUUUUGAACAUUUUUCUGAACUAUACCGCGGUGAUGUUGAACAUUCUGACGAUAUAUGCAAUACGGAAAACUUCGCCAUUGCCGAAGACAACAAAAACUUUGCUUGUGAGUCUUUCUGUCUCUGAUGUUGGUGUUGGUUUGGUUGUUCAACCGUUUUACUCUUCACUACUGGUCAACUGGCUACAACAAGGCAGCAUCAGCUGCUACACUUGCCGAGUGUUUCUUAUCAUUGGUUUUUUAAUUUUUCAAGCUUCGUUCCUGGGUGUGAUGGCUGUAACUGUGGACAGGUUCUUAGCUGUUUAUCUUCAUCUCAGAUACCAGCAACUUGUGACGCACAAGCGUAUUGUUGCCGUGGUGACCUCAAUAUGGGUGUUCAGUGCAUUUGCUUCUUUUAUAAGAUUAAGUGGUGUGCGUUUUAUUCAGCCCGUAAUCCAGUACAUCGGUAUUCUUCUUGGUCUUGUCGUGAUCACAGGAGUUUACAUCAAGCUUUAUUUCGUCGUGAGACGACAUAAAACUCAGAUCCAGUCCUUGCAAGUACAGAGAGGACCGCGUGGCGAAAUAACACAAACAGCUAGUCGUAUAAAAUCUGCAGUCGCUAUAUUCUAUGUGUAUGUUGCUUUUCUAGUUUGUUGUUUGCCGUACGUCAUUUGCGUCUCCGUUAUUCAAUUCAACGGUCCUUCCGUUACAUUGAAGGGUUUUCAUCUUUUCUCACUAACUCUAAUUUUUCUGAACUCGUCUCUUAACCCUUUAAUUUACUGCUGGAAGAUGAGACAUAUUCGACAUGCUAUCGUGGACAUACUGCGCACCUUUUCUGGGAAAACAUUUAAUGUACGUUUAUCGUACGAUCGGUCUUCAAGUGUCGUUCAUCUUGAUACCUGAACCCUUCCGUUUGACGAACUGAACCCGCGUUUAGUUUGCCCGUUAAAAGGUGGUCAAACAAGAAUAAAGCUAAACUGAUCUAUACGACUGUGCUAAAACAAUUUUGAAACUAGAUUGUGA